AUUGCGCCGCGGUUUGCCUGCCGCCCGCGCGGGCUUCCGUAGAGACGCUCAAAAAAAAACAUGGCCGCCUCCAUGCGCUAACGUGAGAUUAAGUAGCACGCAGCGAGGAAACGGUUACUGCCCCGGUCACACGCAUCGACCAUCACAGUGAAACCCGCGGAGGAUCCGGCCGAGGGUGUCCGCUUUCAAAGGGAGGCGACACAGACUCCUCCCGGCGGUUUACCUUCAUGCUGGUGCGCACCGGCCGGCUGAUCCCCGUCAUCUCCCACCGUCUGCGCCGGUCCUCCACCCGCUCAGCCGCACAGACGUCCGGGCGGAGUUCACGCACCGCCUCUGCUUCCUGCCGGGGGCCGACGUCCAUGGAGCCCCUAGAUACGACCCCGGGGGUCCCGGCCACCGCGACCCCGGCGCCUCCGGGCGCGGCGGCUGAAGGGGAGGCGCGUCCCGUGGGACUGUUGCCCGGGGAGACGGUGGUCAAGGAGGGCAAGGCCUCCAUCUUGUUUCCCAGUGCCAACGAGGUGUUCUACAACCCGGUGCAGGAGUUUAACAGGGAUCUGACGUGUGCGGUGCUCACAGAGUUUGCCAGGGAUGUGCUGGCUCGGCGCGGGGUGAAGCUGGUGGUGCCGGGCGAGACGGAGCGGGUGGUGGUCUCUCUGUCGGAGGAGGAGGAGGCCGACGAGGCGAUGGAGAAGAAACGAGCCGAGUCUCCCACCGUCACUGCGGCGGUGGGUGAACGGUGUGAGCUCGGCCUCCGCGUGCUGGAGGGCCUGUCGGCGUCGGGUCUGCGCUCGGUGCGCUUCGCCCUGGAGGUCCCGGGCCUGCGGAGCGUCACCGCCAACGACUUCUCCACCAAGGCGGCGGCGCUGAUCGCCAGGAACGCCGAGUACAACGGCGUGGGACACCUGCUCCAUGCCAGCUGCAGGGACGCCAGCAUGCUGAUGUACGAGAUGCGAGGGAAGAAGGAGCGCUAUGACGUCAUCGACCUGGACCCCUACGGGAGCCCCUCCUCCUUCUUGGAUGCCGCCGUGCAGUCAGUCAGCGAGGGAGGUCUGCUGUGCGUAACGUGCACGGACAUGGCGGUGAUGGCAGGAAACAGCGGUGAGACCUGCUACAGCAAGUACGGGUCGGUCUCCAUCAAAGCCAAAUACUGCCACGAGAUGGCUCUUCGUAUCAUCCUCCACAGCCUGGACCAGCGGGCGGGCGUGUACCAGCGGUACAUCCAGCCGCUGCUGUGCGUCAGCGUGGACUUCUACAUCCGCGUCUUUGUGCGCGUCUUCACAGGACAGGCCACAGUCAAGAACUCAUGCAGUAAGCAGGCUCUGGUUUACAACUGCGUGGGCUGCGGCUCGUUCCACCUGCAGAGGAUGGGACGGAGGACGAGCAACGGCAAGAACGUCAAGUACUCUCCCGCCAUCGGGCCUCCGGUUGGACCAGAGUGUCAGCACUGUGGGCAGAGACACCAGCUGGGCGGUCCCAUCUGGGCGGAGCCUAUCCACGACCUGCCGUUCGUGCAGAAGGUUUUGUCGGCCGUGUCGGGGAACCCGUCCCGCUUCGGGACGUCCAAGCGCAUCGAGGGCGUGCUGAGCAUGGUGACGGAGGAGUUGGACGACGUGCCUCUUUACUACACCGUGGACAGUCUGAGCGGCACCAUCCACUGCAACACCCCCCCCCUGCUCCAGUUCAGGUCGGCCCUCCUUCACGCCGGUCACAAGGUGUCUCUCUCUCACGCCUGUAAGAACGCCAUCAAGACGGACGCUCCUCCUGCAGUCAUCUGGGACAUCAUGCGCUGCUGGGAGAAGACCAACCCUGUGAAGAGGGAGAAGCUGACGGAGACGAGUCCCGCCUUCAAGAUCCUCUCCAGGGAGCCCGGCACAGACGCAUGUUUCACCGUGCGAGAGGACGCCAACCCGCAGUCCCGUAAACUGCACCUGACCCGCUAAGAGAACCCGCAGCCUUCUGGGGCCGAAGCUCGCGCCAAAGCCGGUGGCGGCAUCGGCACCGACCUGCAGGACAAGAGCAAGAAGUGCCAGAACAAGAGGAAGAACCAGAUCACGGAAUCGGAGCUGAAAAACAUUCAGUGCAAAAGGUUCAAACAGGGAACGUGUGCACAUGGAGACAAAUGCUGCUACUCCCACGAUCCGGAGGAGAAAACCGAGGUCUAAAGGAGAUCGAAGUGGGCUUUUUGUUUGAUUUAGUCAUUUUAUUUCUGAAGAUUGCGUUUGGACAGAUGAAAAAAAAGGACAUGGACAUUUCUGGAGCUUUUGUUUAUUUCUACUUUGAGUCCAAUAAAAAUCCUCCCGCUGAAUAUAAUUAA